UUCCUGGUACAUCACGAACACAUUUUGAGUACCACACACACGACUUAGAUGUGCGGUCAUAAGCAGUCUGUUUGAACUUCAGUCUGCCUUUCAAAAAUUUGCGACAAAAAAAGAGAGAGGGAAUAUGCAUUUUGACGAAAUUCUUGGGUACAUUGGUACGUUUGGUCGGUACCAGAAGUUAACCUUUUUUAUCGUAUGCUUGAUGGCCGUACCCAUGAGCUACCACCAGCUCGCCCAGGUCUUUCUCGCGCCGGAUACGGAUCAUUGGUGCGCCGUCCCCGAGCUCCGAGAGCCCAACUGCAGUGACUUUGCUGGCGGUGCCCCGGGCGCUGACUCGGAGUGUCUGGAGGCCCGCAAGAACCUGACCAUACCGAGAGACGAGGAAGGGAAGUUCCUGCAGUGCCGGCGUUUCGUCCUGGAGGACGAGUAUAAUAUGGCAGCAUUCAAUUCAUCGGGUGCUGGGUAUAAUGAGACAAUGACAAUGACGGCUUGGAACGAGACUAUGGAAUGUGAUGCAGGGUGGGAAUACGACCGCUCCCAGUAUCAUACCACGGUGGUUCAAGAUUUUGACCUAGUGUGUGGAAAAAAGGAUAUAGCAGAGGUUGCCCAGUCUAUCUUCUUCGCAGGCGUGCUUGUCAGUUCUGUUUUAACUGGCCUACUUGCUGAUCGGAUCGGGCGUAAGGUGACGUUGUUUCUGUGUCUCGGUGGGCAGUUCAUCUUCAGCUUGGCCAUCGUAUUCGCUCCAAACAUGUCCGCAUUCAUCGCGUUACGCUUUUUCCUCGCCGUGGCCAACAUGGGGGUCUUCAUCAUGGCAUUUGUAAUUGGUACCGAGUUCGUUGGGCCCAAGUGGCGCACCUUCAUCGGGGUUGUAGCCGAGUGCUUCUUCGCCCUCGGCUACAUGAUUCUAGCUGUGAUGGCGUACUUUAUUCGGGACUGGAGGAUGCUGCAGGUUGUGGGAACGGUGCCGAUCGUUUGUUUCUUUCUCCUCAUACGGGUGGUGCCGGAGUCGGCCCGCUGGCUGAUCACGCAAGGAAAGGUGAAGGAAGCCGAGGCUAUCAUCAGAAAAAUAGCCAAGGUCAACAAGGCCAAGCUCCCCGAGCAGCUCUUCAGCGCCGACGAUCACAUCCAGGAGCAGGGCAGGACUUCGUUCGUUGAUCUCUUCCGGAAACCCAUUUUGCGAAAGAGAACCCUGAAUAUUAUGUUUAACUGGUUUGUGAACGCUGCCGUAUACUACGGCCUGUCCCUCAGCACCUCUAGCCUUGGGUCCAACGACUACUUAGCCUUCUUCAUCGGAGGGCUCGUGGAGAUUCCGGCGUGUUUCUCCAUACUGCCUCUGAUCGAUAGAUACGGCCGGCGGAUUAUGCUCAGCCUCUACCUGCUCAUCGGUGGAAUCGCCUGCCUUGGAACUAUUUUUAUCGCACCUGGGGCGGGACGAACGACCGUAGCUAUGUUGGGAAAGUUUGGCAUCUCAGCUUCAUUCUGUCUGAUCUACAUUUACUCUGCGGAGAUGUACCCAACACCAGUCAGGAGCAUUGGCAUGGGUCUUUCCUCCAUGUGUGCCCGACUGGGGAGCAUCUUUGCCCCUCCUUUGCUGGUUCUACGAGAGGUUUGGGAACCGUUCCCGCUCUUUGUCUUCGGGCUACUGGCCCUCAUGGCCGCUUUGACCUCAUUGCUGUUGCCCGAGACGCUGGGGAUGAACAUGCCGGAGACAAUCAAAGAAGGAGAGGAGUUAGGAGCCGGUGAACCAUUCAGAAUCCCUCAUUGGCGGGGCUGGAACUACAGAGUAGCCCGGGAACCAACGGACGAGGAGGUCUCCUACAAACAGGUUGAUUCUAACGACAACAACGCAGAUGUUGAAGAAGGGGGCGGAGCUGACAUGAAAGAGGCUGGGACGGAGCAAGGAAUGGGUAAUUCCUGCUGAGCAUUAAUUCGAAGCAUUGGUGCAGGGAAUAUUCUUGAGGGGGAUAUACGUCAGCAGAAACUAGUCAAGGAGCGGCAUGAUAUAAAUCAACGGACGAACUUUUAAGCAGGAAUAUUUCAAAGUGACAGUAUUUUGUUUUUGUCUUGAUGUUUGUGGAUCUAGUUUGGUUAAGGAAACAUUUUUUCUGAAUGUAGUGAUGGUUCUCUUGAAGUAGAUGUUUCACCACUACAACUCUACAUACGUGAAAGCAGAAACAACUGUGCGAUUUAAAACAUCAAUAGAAGUUCAGUCUAAGAACCAGAGUUCAAAUGGUCCGGAACAUGCGCGGUAGGCCUAACUUGAUUAGGAAGGCUCAUCGGCAUGCAAUGUGUUGUCAUUCAUAUUGAACGACGGAAGUCUGAACGCGACAUUGAUCCCACAGUCGGCAAUUGACCUGAACCCCUUAAAAUUAUGUGAAGAAACACGCGGUGCGGCGUGGCGCCUCUUUCCGUCCGGUUUGGCAGAUUUCCAGAGAUGUGUUUUUUGAUGGAGUCAGAAAGUUCGAUGUACGAAUGUCGCGCAACGGGAGUCGUGGAAGAAAGAAAAACAUCACCAAGGCCAAAACUUCUCACAAAGAAAGACUUGAUGUCGCUUGGAGAUUAUAGCAGCAGGAAACAAUUUGAUUCUGCGGGACAGGUUUUUUUUCUCGUUUCGCGUUUCAGUUUGCAUUCAAACUAAUGAAAAGAAAUCCAGACUCAUGUCGUUGAAAAAGCGGGGGGCAAGUAUUUAAAAUGGCGACGGAAUAUUUACUUUGAGCAUUUACGAAACAAAGCGCUGGAGCUUUCGACUUAAGUUUGAAUUAUACUCUGUUACAGAAAAAAUGAGCAGAACACAUGAAAAGUGUACAUACGCGCAAGUGUAAGAAACGGGAAGAUUAUUUGUGAGGGAUUUUAGGUGUAUUUGUGAUACAACCAAAUGAAAAAAAUGAAAUUAUGAUUUGUUUUUCAAUUUAUAUUUAGUGAAAGAGGUUAUGAAUCUUCUCAGUGGAUGGCUAUAAACGCCUUAUGGUUCCUAUUCUAAAUGUUUAUACAAACUUAGAUUACUUCAAUAUGAAGUAUAAAAUUUCUUGAUUGCAGAUUUAUAUAUGGGUGUUAUCAGGCCCAUAACGGGGGUGGGGGUGCAGAGGGUGCGUCCGCACCCCCCCGCGACCAAAUGGUUGGCGCUUGAGGCAAGGAAAGAUUUUGAGCUAUAGCUGAACAUUUUGCGCACAAAAAUGUCGCGAUAAGGUAUUGGUCGCCUCAGUUAAUCCCUUCUUCGGGAGUUUACUUGUAACCCCCUCCCAAAAAACAAUUGGUACGACAUCAUGAAUCCUGCUGUUUUUCAAAAAAAGCAAAAGAUCUAUGCUUGGUUCGCUUUGUUGAAGAUGGCCCCUCCCCCGAAAAGUCCUAGUCACAGGCCUGUGUUUCUUCAAGCAUAUUCCGCAUUACCAGGAACGAAGUAUUUCCAUCGUUUUUUAACCAAAGUGACAUUUAAUUUCUCCCCAAAUAACUGUCAGAUUAUAAUAACUAUAAUUUUUAAGGUUUUUAAGUGUAAAUCCAAGGUUUAAACGCUAUCUUUAUAAACUCGAAAACUUCAUUUAAAUCCGAUAAUGCGUUGCGGAGAUAAUCUCGAUUACGUAAAACAAUAAUUGUUGCCGUCUAUUCUUGCCGUCUAUUCUGUCCAAUUGGAUUUCCCACAACAAUCAAACCGCCAAGUUUACGCCACCAGCACCCUUUGAGAUCAUUGGAAAGGCUUACUGAAUGAGGUUACUGAUUUAAACAGGUUUCUGGCAAUUCACGUUAAAACUGCGUAAGUUUUCCAUCAGCAAACAGACAGAAGCCUAAAAUGGUUCAAAGUGGUCAAUGUUACAGAAUUGGAUCAGUACCGUGUAAGCAAGAGGUCGUGGGUUCGAGUCCCACCCGAGUAGGCUUGUGACUUUUUUUUCGCAAGCUCUCGGACGAGCACUGAGC